GUUUUUCUUCAAUAACAGUUUCCCGCCACAUAGAUAAGUCGUACAACAAUCCAAGCCUAAUGCAGGCUUGACUGCGCAACAAAACCUUGAGAGAAAAAAAGUAUUAAAAGCUUUUGUGCGCCCACUUUCCACAAGGGUUGCGCAGGCCCAAAUAACUUGUAACUUUCUAGACUUAGGAUGUGAAGUUUGGACAAGAGAAAUCAUCACAGACAAGUCAUCCUAUCAUACAAACCCUAGAAACUUCACAAAGCCAAAAACUUUCAACACAAGAACUCGAUUUUACCAUGGACCGUGGACAAAACUCGAGUCUGAUGGACCGGCAUCAAGCCGCCAUCACCGACAUCACCAAGCACUUUGGCGAGUUGGUUAUUGGUCUUUCUAGCCCCAUUACUGCCGAGGACGCGGACACUGCCACGUCUGCUCAACAGGCCAUGCGGAUGCAGCUGGAGUCGAAAUCACUUAUUGCCGCGAUCGAGAACCUGCUCACGCUCACCCGUCAGGUGCGCGAGCUUUGGCUGGUCGGCCCGCUCCUCAAGCCCGGCGAGGGUGAGCGCGCCGCCGACGACCGGAUCGACAAUCAAGUCGAGGCCAUCACCAAGAUUUUGAACGAGCUGCGCGAGCGGGUGCGCAACGGCCAGGUUGGUCCGCACGGUACCUACAUCAUCAAGGACCGCGCAGUCGCUCAGGUCGCCGAUGGCGCCGCCGCGGACGCGUCGUCUUCGUCAGCCCAGCCAGGACCCUCUUCUUCUUCCACUGCUCCCGGCGGCCAGUAGAGCUCGGCCGCUCCGGGUGUAGUGGACGAGGCCGCACUCCUCACCGUCCUUGAAAUGUGCGACGGUGACGUCGACCUGUUCUUCGAGCUGUUCCAGGAGCUCACGCGUCGUCCCGGCGCCGCUGGCCCCCUGCGCCCCACCGCUGUCGAGGUUGACAUGGAUGAGAUUAGGAUGAUGGAGGAUGCCUUUGACUUGGUUCCUUCCACCCAGAUGGAUGAUAUCAAUCCGGAUGUUGCUGAUGAGACGCUGUUCCGGAGCGUUGUGGGAGAGGAGCGUGAGACAACCCCCCUUGAUCCCGACACUCAACAAGUCUCUGCUCAAGAAGUUACGUUUACCCAGGCACUUACUGUCUGUCAAAACAUGGCUGGAGGAACCGCACAGAGCCACAGCCGGACUCCCUUCAAUUCAUUUGAGAUGGAUGACCAGAGCGAUGCGCAGAGUGUUGGCGACCGUUCCUUGGAUACUCAAAUGCUCGAUGUGCCCUUUGAUCCCGAGGGCAGGAGACUGGAGUAUCUCUUUGGCCAUGAUUCCGGAUCUAUCGACCAGCUCCUCCCUAUCAUCUGCCCAUCCGGUUCGGCUUAUGAUUCCGAGGCUAUGGGUAGUCAGUUACCCACGAUUGAUGAAGAGUAAAAGUCUCUAGGCGCCCUUGGGAGUCGCCUUUCAUUCACAAGCAAGGCGGAACGGGGUCUGGAAAUAAAGGUUUUGUGUUUGAGUGAGUAACGCCAGAUGAAAGCAUGGAGACGAGGGCGGCCCGGUAGAGCAGCGAAUUUCAUAUGCUGUCUCUCGAGCCAGUAUCAGAAGGUCUUGGAUGGCUUUGCAGACAAAGCAAGAAAGCCGUUUGGCCUCUGAAGGGUUCAGGGAAUGCCUGCGUCAAUGAUGAUAGCAAAUUUUUCAUGGGAAGCAUGGUUGGAGUUUCUGGGAUGGCGGCUGAAUUGUACCGUCAAAACGGUAUGUAUCUACACAUUGUAUCGGACAUAACAAACAUGAAACAUUUUGACAAGG